GUCACGGAUGCAAGUGAGGAGGUGCCGGAGCAGGCGGCAGAGGACAAAAGCAAGACUACCCCCCUUGCCGCGGUCAAGUUUGCCCUGCCCAUCAUCCUCAGUGUGACGAAGUGCAUCUUCGCAGCUAUGCCGGAAAUGAUUGCGUUUGUUUCCUCGAGCACGCAGUUGUUGACGGCCGGAGUGUCGUGGGCCUUUGCCCAUGCGACUUUGGCGGCGAGCCCGGAAGCCUCUCGCAGCAUCACCAAGCUGAAUGCUGUGAAGGCCGGCAAAGCCAAGUGUGCGGCUUUCGAAAGCGGUUUCCUGGAGGCACGGGACAAGCUGAAGCAGGGGCUCGGCACGGAGGAGAGCCAAGGGGACGGCGAGGAUGCGGCCACGGAGGCCAUGUUGUUGCUUGCCUCUCUCGAGGUCCACAAGCGCCUGUCGUAUCGGAGCAGUGUGACCUACGGCGAUGCUGUCGCAACCUACUUCGCGCAGCGGAUGGCCUCGCUCAAGACUGCGGUGGAGGAGAUGAAGGAGCUAACCCUGGGAUUCAGUGAAGCCGGAGACAAAUUCUGGCGCAAGGAUGUUCCAGACGAGUGCGAUAUCCCGGGAUUGCGCAAGCAGAUGGCGACAGUCGGCAUGCAGAAGAUGGACGGCCCCAAGUUGAGGAAGUGCUGUGAUGAGAUGCUGGUCUUCUCGACCCUGAAGUCGGAGAUGGAGAAGUUCGACGACGGUGACUCGGAGACGGUGCACUCCUCCUGCGAGAAGCUGACCACGCUCAUGGAGGACUCAAAGCUUGUUGUGAGAUAUGCUAAAGCACUCACAAUGGAGACAUUCCUGAUAAUGCAGCUGGCUCGUGUCGACAAGAUCGGCGAUGCACAGGUCAGGAAUGAUAUGGCCGGUUUGGUGUUGAAGUACACCAUCCUGUUGGGUCAAAACCCAGUAGGACUUGUGGAGGGCGACCUUCAUCCGGUCCUAUGGAAUGCGGUUCAGUCUUUCAAGCAGUGA